UCACUUUCACAACUUGAAACAUGAAACAGCGAAUAACAUAUGUUGUGAAGAAUCCAGAGGCCUUCACGCCUGAGCAGCUGGUAGUGAAGGAUGAUGGCACGAAAUUUACAUUGCAGCGUGUUCACGCUGCGAAAGAACACCGUAUCACACUCGGCCUAGAUGAGCUGCCUAGAGAACUCAGCAGAGUCUUCCAGCAAUGGCACGAAUUUCAUAUCCGCUGGGCCUCAUCGACCGCCUACACCGCAACACCACCUUUUACAUCACGUGUCUCUCCCGGGCUGCACAUAUUCUUCACACCUCUGAAAUCAACCCCUGAAGACGCCUUGUGCUCUCAGCUUCACGACCUUUUGAGUACAGAUCUGAAGUGUUCGUCAAAUGCGUCAGCCAUCAAACUUCCUGUUCUUUCGGAACGCUUCUCCAUGUCCGCUUCCUCGCAGUACUUCGACUACCUGGAAUCUCCUGUCAAAGUUAUUGACGACUUCCAACAGAAGUUCUGCAAGGUAGAAAAUGAAGUUUGUGGAAAUUUGACUAAGCAGCUGCUCACCGCGGCAUAUGUGGAUAUUGACUACGACACCAUCUCGCGCGCCGUCGUCCUGACUGCUGCAUGGCCCGAUGCACAAGGGAAUGAAGGAUGGUCAGAAGAUAUUGAACUACCGAAGAAGGACUCCACGGUAGAGAUAGGUGUUCUAAGCCAUGAGCCGAACUCUGACCCAGAAGAUGUUCAAUUUGGUGGAUUCCUGACUGUCCUGGGACAAGACUCUGCACCAAAACCAGCCCGUUUCCAAACGCCAACACGGCACUACCCACUCAUUCAAUCCUCCUCAAGCACAACUGCAACACCCAAACUCCAUCCCUUAACCUACACAACUUCCUUCUCCCAACCCACCGGCCUGCACCCAACACUCAUCCUUUCAUUACCCAAGGAGCAUCUCGCGCCGCCAAAUCCAAGCUGCAAACUCCACACACACCUCACCCUACCCUCGUACCUCUUCAUUGACAAAUACCAAUUUAACGAUGCCUUAUUCCUCCAAUCCAAGAACCUAAAGCGUCUACGCAGCAUAGCCGGCGCGACAGACCUCGAAGCUCCCGACUGGGUCAUCAAUCAAUGGGGUAGUGCGGCGCUAUUCGAACUAGCACACCCUCCUCCGUCCACCGAACAGAAGGAUACCGCAAGUGCGUCCUGGAAUGUGUCAAUUCCCCUGCACCUGCGCUACCUCCCCGCCUCGCCCUCGUCACACGCACGUGUUCCUGUCCCCUGGCCAGUAGUGUUCUGGGCGUGCAGAGCGGAUGAGGGCGCGAAGAUGGCUGCGAAUCCCUUUGAUCGCGUGCAUUUGGGGUAUGAGGCUCUUUUUGGACCGAGGACGCGGUUCAUGCAUGUUGAGCCGAGCGGGCAGGGGAAUGGAACGAGACAGUUAGUGGAGUGGAUUGAUGUGCCCGUUCUGGAUACAACGAAGACGGGGUGGGUGGAGGCUGGGACUGUAGGAACCGUGCUUGUGGCUUUUCUGGGUCUGUGCUGGGUUUUGUUUGGGAAGGUGGGUGGUGGGCAGAAGGUUGUGGAGAAGGGGAAGAAGAAGCAAUAAGAAGUCAUCGCGGGGUUUUGUUAGGUUGAACUUGAAUUUGAGUCGUGUCUCGCUAUAAUAAGCAUGAGUAUCGUGGGUAUCUAUUAAA